UGUUAUUCAAACGUUGGUAUUUGUGUACUGUUUACGUUUGUGUAUGGUUUAUGUGGUUGUCAGAGGAAUUAUACAGUAGAAAUUAUUAUCCAGUCACAAAUCAUAUAUUUUGAUUUGAAAUAAGGUGCAGUUAACUGUUUUCAGUGAUGGCUGACGUCAGAGACAUAUUGGAGCUUGAAAGGCCUCCAACCCCUGAAAUAACAAAAGAGGCUAUUUUGGGACCUGAGAAGGUAAAGAGAAAGCCAUUCACUCCAAAGGUCUCAAAACGGCCAGAAGGAAUGCAUCGUGAAGUAUUCGCUCUACUUUAUACUGACAAUAAGGAUGCUCCUCCAGUCUUCCCAACAGACAUGGGGCAGGGCUACAAACAAAUGAAAGCUAAACUUGGAAUGCGGAAAGUACGUCCAUGGAAGUGGAUGCCUUUCACAAACCCUGCACGCACUGACGGAGCAGUGUUUCAUCACUGGCGUCGUACUGUUGAUGAAGGAAAGGAUUACCCAUUUGCCAAGUUUAAUAAGAAAGUUCCUGUUCCAACGUACACGGAUUCAGAGUACCUACAUUAUUUACAUAGUGAAUCAUGGAGCCGCCAGGAAACUGACCACCUGUUUGAUUUAUGUAGGCGAUUUGAUUUAAGGUUUAUUGUGAUGAAAGACCGAUGGGAUCGCACUCGCUUUGGUGAUAGAAGUGUUGAAGAUCUAAAAGAGCGCUACUAUGAAGUCUGUGCAAUUCUUACCAGGGUGCGGGCCAGUUCAAGUGCAGAAGCAAAAGUUUACGUGUUUGAUGCAGACCACGAACGGCGAAGGAAGGAACAGCUGCGGCGGCUUUUUGAAAGAACACCUGAACAGAUAGAGGAGGAACAAACUCUUUUGAAUGAACUGCGGAAGAUUGAAGCAAGAAAGAAGGAAAGAGAAAAGAAACAACAAGAUCUUCAAAAAUUAAUAACAGCUGCUGACAGCCAGUCAGAUGUCCGGCGAACAGAAAAGAAAAUAACAAAAAAAAAGCUGACUCAUCAAAUGAGGCCGAGGCUAGAUGCUAAUAUGGUGGAAACUGCAGGAAUAAAAUUCCCUGAUUACAAGGGUAGUGGUGUGUCUCUGCGUUCCCAGCGUAUGAAGCUACCAGCAAACAUUGGCCAGAAGAAAACUAAAGCUAUUGAGCAGCUGCUUCAUGAACUUCACAUUGAAUUAAACCCCAUGCCAACAGAAGACAUUUGCCAACAUUUUAAUGAAUUGCGUAGUGAUAUGGUUCUUCUGUAUGAAUUAAAAAUGGCACUAGCAACAUGUGAAUUUGAACUGCAAACACUUCGUCAUCAGUAUGAAGCCCUCAAUCCAGGAAAGACUCUCCCUGUACCAAGUGCAAUAUCUUUAGACUCUGAAGAAUCUCGUACACAGAGUGCUGAAGGUGAUGCUCCAGCUGUGAAACAGAAGGCAAUUUCAGAAGUUAUUGAUGUAGUAGGUUCACCUGGUACACCAAGUGCACCUUGAUUCCAUAGCAUGUACUUUAUAUCUUGUAUAUUUUCUGUAGAUUACAUUUUUUCUCAAAAUGUUUAAUUUUGUACUUUUAUGAUUUAUAUUUAAUUCAAACAAUAAUAGAGUAUAAAAGUAAGAGUGUAAAUAUUCAUUGAUCUGCAUUUACAUAAAAAGUAGAAAAUGUCCGAUUGUGUAACUUAAACUUCUUUUGUAUAAAAAAUGGAAA